CAAAUGACACCUUCGCGUUUCGAAAUUUUUCGAAGCUCAGUUUCAGCAUAAUUCCUGAACAGUAUGGCGUCUUACCCGAUCAUUCAGGAACGUGAGGGGGAAUGGACCUCCAAUGAAAUGAUUGAAAUCCUAGGCUUUAGAAUUCCAGCGUUUUUUGUGUAUGGCUCUCAAGGUCCUGAGUUGCUGUGCGACUUCAUCACUAAUUUUCAGACGAAACCUGAUGAUGUAUUUAUUGUCAGUUACCCUAAGUCAGGGACCACUUGGGUUCAAGAAAUUGUCUGGCAGAUUUACCACGAUGGUGAAAUCAGUCAUAAAGUUCUUGGAGAUCGCAUCUUGUACAUAGAAAAAGCUUUACUACCAGAAUCAACUCAUCUUGAUAUUAAAAGUAUGCCGAGCCCUCGUCUAUUUAAGAGCCACCUGUCUUAUGAUGCGAUUCCUAAGAGUACAGACGAGGCCAAGACAACCUGUAAAUAUAUCUACGUCGCUCGCAACCCCAAGGAUGCUGCAGUCUCAAGCUACAAAUUUAUGGGUAGCUUUGGCACAAACGGAAUGAAUGCACCAUGGGAAUUUUAUGCGAAACUAUUUAUCGAGGGUAAAACAGUUUACAACAACUGGAGUGAUCAUGUUCUUGGAUGGUGGAAGCACAGACAUGAUCCUAACGUUCUGUUCCUUAAAUAUGAAGACCUGCAGAAGGAUCUUCAGUCCAACGUUCGCAUGAUUUCCAAAUUUCUCAAUAAGCCGCUGUCAGAAGAAGUUAUUAGUCUAAUAACUGAACAGUGCACCUUCAAAGGAAUGAUGAAGAACGUUCAAAGCUUCACGUUGGGAGACAAGAUAGAGGGACCGAAGUUUCUUUGCAAGGGUGCGGUUGGUAGCUGGAAGGAACACUUCACCCCAGAGUUAAACCAGAGAUUUGAAAAGGAAGUAUUAGCGAAAUUGAAAGGAUCUGGAUUAGCAUUUGACUUUGAAUUUUACUGUUCGACGUCAUCUCCAAUUUCCAAACGAGAGCUGAAGAUGUGUUCGUGGUUACUUACCCCAAGUCAGGGACAACUUGAAAUUAUCUGGCAAAUCUAUAACAACGGGGAGACCACAAGUAAAAAUAUUUUUGAACGAGUUCCAUUCCUAGAAUUUUCAACAAGUCCCAUAUUGGGAGAGUUUGCGGACAUCGCCAAGGUUCCCAGCCCUCGCCUUAUAAAGUCCCACCUUCCUUACAGCAUCAUUCCUAAAGGUUCAAGCGACGGCACCAAAUGUAAAUAUAUUUACAUUGCCCGUAAUCCAAAGGAUGUUGCAGUUUCAUAUUUCCAUUUUACGGUGAGCCUGAAGUCAUCUGGAAAUGGCUACAACGGGCCAUGGGAAUUUUUUUCCAAGUUGUUCAUCGACGGAAAUGUUGGUUGGAACAAAUGGAAUGACCAUGUUCCGGGCUGGUGGAAGCACAAAGAUGAUCCCAACGUCUUGUUUCUAAAAUAUGAAGAUCUCAAAAAGGAUCUACCUUCACAAGUUCGAUUGACCGCCAACUUCCUUAACAAGCCGCUUUCAGAGAAUAUCAUUAAUCGUAUUGCUGAACAGUGCAGUUUCAAUGGGAUGACAAAAGAUUUAUCGAGAUACAUGGUGCACGUCAAUGAAAGCCAAACCUCGAUUCUUCGGAAGGGCGUGGUCGGAGACUGGAAGAAUUAUUUUACUCCAGAGUUGAAUGAGAGAUUUGAGAAGGAGGUGUUGUCAAAAAUAGAAGGAACUGGAUUGGAGUUUGAUUUUGAGUUAUAAUUGGAUUUUCAUAGGUAAUCUCUACGUAGUGGAUGUUCGGUUGUAAGACGCUACGUAAAUUUAUCGACUGAGACAAAGAAGGAAAUUAAAAUAUAUACUUACUCUGUCAGGUCACGUGACUGGGUAGAAGUCUUUUAAAUCCUAGUGUCGCACGAAACCUCACUUUAAGCCCGAGAUUUCAAUCACUCAAUAAGGAUUACAUCCUGAGGUUAGCUAUAACUGCAAAAAGGAGAAGGAAAGGCUGAAUGACCAAAAAAAAUACAAUCGACGAGAGGCAGCCUGGAUCUCUACUGGACAAUAAGUGUUUUUUUUCUUAGGAAGUUUCUUUCAUUUAACACGUAGGUUCCAUAGUGCUCUGUGUGUGUGUUAUUGAUCAAAGAUGAUAUCAAACCAUGUAACUGAAUAAAAGAGUGCUGCACA